AUGGCUCAAUUAACAGAAUUCUCCAACUCACUAAAUCCGUUUGCCCAAUCAAGCCCAUCUUCAUGUUUGGUUUGGGCGGCCCAAUGCCAAUGCUCUGAAUUGUCAAAACGGCUUGAGUCGAGCCGUGACAAAGUGAGAGCCAAUCUGCAAAUGAUGGCUAGGCUAAAAGGCGGCUCCGCUUGUCUUCUAGUGGCUAUAACGGCUUCACUCAUGGUGAUUAUUAUUACUCAUGGACUUGUUUUGCUUGUGGCUACACCUAGUUUGAUAGGAACAAUGGACUUGGUAAAAGUGGCUUCAGAAAGCAAGUUGAAGAAGGUCAUGGCUCAACUCGAUGCAGCUGCAAAAGGAACUUACAUUGUGAACAAGGACUUGGAGACCACGGGUCGGCUUGUGGCUCGGCUCAAUGAUGAGCUGGAGUACAUGAGGACAACAGUGAAGUUUUGGCUUGAGAGGAAAGAGGAUAAAAUUCAAGCUGAUGGAGAAGUGGUACGCCUGCUAAAGCAGAACCAAUGGAAGAGAGAAGCUGACACCAUUAUGUACCCUGAUUCAGUUGCCUUGUGCAAUGCAACCUACAUCCAGUCUCCACCACAACAGUGGUGA